UGUGGCCAUGUUUAACGAAUCACCUAGUAACUUUAGUUUCUUUACAACCACAGGGGACAGACUCUAACGUCAGAUUAGCUCCACUCUGCCGUUGUGGCUUGCGGUUUUGUCCCCGGCUCGCGUAGCCCCGCCCCCUUCUAGUGUGGCUUAGCUGCGCACCCCCCCUCCCUCGUCUGAGCAGAAAGCAAGUGGGCCGUCGCCGCUUCCCUUCUGUCAGCCCCAUCUGUGCUGCAGGCAGCACGGGCCACGGGCUUGACAAGUGGAAGGCAAAUAAUCACGUGUAAAACGUCGCCGUUCAAACGGUUCAAAGGUUUCUGCGGUGUGCAGCAAAUGCGAGCAAGAUUUCUAGUGAGUCGGAAUUGAAUCAAGUUCCCCCGCUGUCACGCGUUCAUUCCUGAAAGUCGCCAGGAAAGUCUAGAAAGAGAUUUCAUCUGGCGCAUUGUUGCCCUUUUGGCAGCAAAUACCGUAGUUUGACACUUUUCCUUUUUCUUGUAUAAUUCAUGCUAGUCCCCGUUGCACCAGUGUAAUAUAGCAUGCUCACUUAAUUAUGGAGCAGACCUCAAGAGAGGCGUACAAGAUAAAUUUGGCAACUGGCUGCUUCUUGCCAUUGAACUGUGGGAAAUGAAUCACUUGACAUGAUAUUGGGGUUGGGCUUCGAGCAGUCUUCGGCCCGUCGCGUUCACGGGAUGGUUCAGUUUUUCACAUGACUUGGAAAGAAACACAUUUGAUCAGUAAAAUAAAAACAAGUCUCACGAUGGGGAUGGAGUCACAGUCCAAUGCUGUCACCGUCUGUUUUGAAGGUGACAAAGUCAAGGCUUGUCCGCUCAGCACCUUAUCAGCUCUUUUCCCCUUAGCACAUUUAUCAGCGCUAGCCGUUCUUCUCCUGCCACUUGUUUGCUCUGCACUCGCUCUUGGCAAGUAAACACAAGUUUAUCACCAAUGGCAGCAUCUCGGGUAGAAAAGCGUGGAAUUAUCUCAUUUUCAGAGUUGGUCUACAGCAAACAUCCUGUGUCCAUGCACUUUCUAUGUUGCGGGUGGCUGGAGUUCUUAAGCAAGGUGACUUUGAGCAACAGGUAGAUGACAAAAAAAAAACAAAUUUUAUUGUAUGGUUAUGUCGCACCGCCAGUGACUCUCUUGCGAUGAUCAUUGCGCUCAAGAUGGAAUCUGGUGGACGCAAAGUUCUCUGCAGAUGUCAGAGUGAGCAACAGAAUUGCGCAUGUUUUGGUUUGUUGCUAAUCCCCCGUAGCGCCUAGUGUAGAUGACGUGCGUUAACUCUAUUGGAUUAGCGCAUCUCCUUCCCUCCCUGUCGUUACGCUAGUGUUGUCCGGCCGUGUUGUUUGUGCCCAAUUUCUUGGAGUGCUUUAGCCUUCAAAGUAACCCAAGCAAGCACAAGCAUUAGUAGUAGCACCUUGCCCCAAAGUUGUAUGAAGUUCUAAUGUUCCGAGGGCUGAAUUAUUUAGUCGGGUGCCACCUGAUCGCAUGAACAUGAGGAUAAGGGGGAGCCUCCAGCUGCAGAUCAGGUGUGGGUUGUGUUUCAUCUCUUCGCUCCUCCCUUUUCGAUAGGCGUGCAUGUAAUUGGAGAGUUGAAACACAACACUUAUGUCUAUUUUCCGCUCCUAUAGUAGUCCAUUUUGUUUUCCUCGAUGCCUAACCCAAGUGAGCAGUCGCGUUUCGGGGGUUCUCCAGGCCAGUGGGGUACAUUUUGGUCUGAGGACCAACGAGACGGGGCCAUAAGUCGUUGUCACUUCUGCGGAACCGUUCCCGACCUAAGGACUUCAUUGGUACAAAACGGAGGUUACUUUCCGCAACACUCGGAUCUUAACACACAGGUUCCGGUCCUCGGAUCGUCGGCGUGUGAUCCGGUUCACCAACCAGGGCAGCAACAGCCCACGAGUAAGGUUCCGCAGCUGGAUCUUGGCGACAACCUUUACUUCAAGCAAGCCAUGUCAGGCCGUGGGGCCGCACCGCCUCAUGGUUAUUUUCAGGCCGCUUCGACGGGUCAACCACCUGAAGAGUCUGGCUUUUACAGGGAUAACCAGCACCUUCUCACGAGGUCAGCCUCGCAUUACGGACAGAGCGCGAGGGGGUUGAAGCCUCUAUGGGAUCAAGCGAGAGUCGCACCUUCCGUGCAGGCCUCUGGUUCUACACCUAUCCCUGUGCCUCCACCCCCGCCGCCUCCUCCCCCGCCUCCUCCUCCCCUUCCUGUCCAUGAGCUGAGCCGUUUGUACAGGGAAAGUCUGGGAUCUAAGAUUAUCUUGGACGCUCAGCGCAUUGCUGGUAGCUCCCUUUCACCCGCAAACUACGGACCUCAGCCCCAUCUUCCCAAUUACGGCGCUGAGCAGUCUGUCUCUGCUCAGCAAACGUUAAACCAUUUCAGAAGCUUGUCCCUGGAACCCCGUCAGUCGGCUGCCACCGAUUCUGCGGGGGACCCGACUUCGCAGGGAAUGGACGGCACUCUCCCUCGUGCUUACGGAGCCGUAGCCUCCCAAAGACAUCCUUAUGAGACGAACUAUGAUCCUAGUGCAGCCAUGAUGGCUGCCGCGGCAGGAAUGUCUUCCGGAUUUCCUCCCCACCACCCCAGUGCUGCGGACCCUAAGAGGAUGGUGGAUCCUUCCUUUUUGGCUUUUUUGCGAGCUGAAGGUCUGGCUGAGAGUACCAUCACUCUCCUGCUGCAACAUGGCUUUGAUUCCCUCUCCAUGCUGGGUAUGAUGGAAGACCAUGACGUCCGCUCAGUCGCUCCCAACUUGGCCCAGGCCCGCGUUCUUUCCCGGGUCGUGUUGAAUUACAAGAGUGCUGAAACGGCACCGCGUACCCGAUCCAACAGCUUCAGCCACCGCAACGACUAUUACGUACCGCCCCAAGGUUUGAGCAUGGAUCCCGGCCUGAUGCAGCAACCCCCCACAAGUAUUCAAACGGUGUCCCCCAGAUUGGGGGAAUUUCUCGGAAGAAGACCCAGCAGUGCUCCGUCCCAACACCUUUUGGAGACCACCGCUUAUCCAGCACCACGCCCCCUGGCAGCUGGAGCUUUACCAGUCAGUCCCGUUGGAUAUAGCAGCGCCAUACCCCAAGGUAGACCAAUUUCCAUGUACAACGCCCACACCGGCCUCGCUAUGUCUGCUCUUGGCCAACAGCCCCUUCCUGCCCCGGGAUCUCCUGGAGCUGCGCCCAAAACCUUCUCAGGCUCUUACUCCCCCAUGGAGCUGAUGAAACGAGCCCCCAACCUUCCCCCGGCUUCGCCCAUAGCAGCUCCGAGCCCUAUUCACAGCCCGCAACUCCUCCGGAAAGGGAUCAAUGCCGCUCCCGAGGCUAACGUCGUUGCCACGGCUUCCUCCGCCUCUUUCCAAGCGCAAAACCUCAACAACAGCAAGUUGGUCGGACGCCGCACGGGUCCCCCAGUCAUUGUCUCGACCAUGACCACCACACCUGACACAAGUACAGUAAUCUCUCUUUAUCCCCCCCUCCGUUGAUUGACAUGCUGAAAUGCGCAACAUUUAGUUUUUACUUGGUGAGAAUCAACUUGAGUCUUAUUUGGUAGUCAAUUUUUUCAGAAGACUAAACCAAAUCAGGCAUCCAGCGUCUUUCUCUUCCGGUAAAUAUCGCCGUCCUUGUUAUUUUACUCUACAGUCUCUUCUAAUCAGGUGCUUAACUGCCUGUAAAUCCAAUUAGUCUAAUGAUAGAUAUAGGCUAUUAUAGGAAUCAGUUUUUAUAGACACCUUGUUGUUCAUUUGCGGUACAUGUUAAUUAUUUAUUCAUUUCAGUGAACAUCCUUCUGACAGUAAUCACUAAACUUCAAUUCCCUACUCUUUCUUCUUAAAGGUUAAUAAAUGCCUAUUUAUAUAUUUAUUUGUUUACGUGAGAAAGAAAUCAAAGUUAAACACCAAUGACGCUGAUUUGAAAAUCCAUUUAUGGAUGAAAAGGUUUUCCUACGCGUCUAGUUCAAUCAAUCUGGGUGAAGAAAAUUGUUUUUUCCCAAGGUUAUAGUAUUUCUUUUUUUUUUUUUUGUUAUGCCACCCCGGCAGCACAACAAACUCAUUUACAUGGCGCUGAUAUUUGUUGCUUGGGUGACUUCAUCUGAUAACGCCGGGGCCUUGCAGACAGACAAUCAGAAAGCAUACUUCUUAAUUGCGUGUUGCCAGGCAACCGGGGCUCCGGUUGCAAUCAGAAGGUAGAUAAUCUUCACAUUUAAGGAAAGUGGGGGAAAAGAGACACUACUGUGUUUUUUUUUUUCUUCUCCCCUGCUCCGAGCCAGAGAAAAUUGAGCGCAAAUAAUUACUUCUUUGUCGCCGUUCACUUCUCGAGGGAUUUCUUUUUUCACGCCCGGAGCUCUUGUCGACUGGUGAAGAGGCUCUCGUCUCGCAUGCCUCCUUUUCUCCCCCCCCCUUUAUGUUCAAACAUGUCUAUUUAGGAGUCGCGACGCAUUAUUCCUUUGACAAUGACUGAUUGCAUUUGAGGGACCUAUUACUUAUUAGCACCCACACAAUGACGCCGUGGUGGAAGCGUACGAGAUGCUCCAGCCUACUGGUUUUGAUUCUAACCAAGGCCGGCCGGACUGGGCGCUAGAGAAAUGCCUGU